GAACUGGAGGAUAUCUGUGUCGUUCUGAUCUCAAAUUUGCCCGAGAAAGCCUAUUCUGUGGAGGAGGUUUCCAACCUGGCCAAGCCCUUCGGGGGCCUGAGGGAUGUGCUGGUCGUGUCGUCUCAUAAAAAGGCGUACGUGGAAAUCAACAGAAAAUCUGCGGACUCCAUGGUGAAGUUUUACACCUGCUUCCCCAUGUCGCUGGAUGGAAACCAGCUCUGCAUCACCAUGGCGCCUCAGUACAGGACCGUGAAAGACGAGGAAGCAAUAUUUACCGGUAUAAUUAAAGAUGCUGACCCUAAGGUGAACACCGCAAACAUCCACCAUCAGUUUGUGCACCUGGGGAACCUGCCCAACGACGGCUACCGGGAGCUCGAGGCCGUCUGCGUGGGGCUUCGCUUCGGGAAAGUGGAGCAUUACGUUAUACUGAAGAAUAAAAACAAGGCGAUCCUGCAGCUGGACAGCGUGAAGGCGGCGCGGUUGAUGCACAGCUUCCUGCGGCAGUACCCCUACAACAUGGGCGAGCACACGCUGACCUGCACGCUGUCGCCUCGCGGGGAGGCCGCCCAGGCGGACGCCGCGAGAAAGGAAGCGAGGAAAGAGGAGCCAGGCAAGGGCAGCUCUGGCUUGAAGAAGCCCCCGGAGGGCUCGGGAGCGGCGCACGCAGCAGCUGUGAAUCCCACAGGAGAGCCCAGCGUGGCCAGGAAAGGCCCCGUUCCCGUCUCCGAUGCCACGGAGGCGACGGCAGCGGCACGGACGGAGCCCUUGGGGUCCCCCCUGGAGGCAGCGGUGAGGGACCCCGCUCUGAAAGCGGCAGAAACGCCUGUGGAGGGAGCGGACGCUGCCAUCGACGCCGCUGCGGCGUCUCCCAAAUCGGCCGAUCCCGAAUCGCUGGGAGCGAAGGAGGAGGAGGUGCCGCUGCCUUGCAGUGUGGGGAGAGAGGAGAGAGCCCAGGACAAGCCUGAACCGGAGCCUGCGGUGUCAGAGCAGGGAGUUAAGGAGACAGAGGAGGAUUUGGGUGCUCCAGCCCCAGCAGAGGGGCUGGGUGGUGUGGUUGGGGAUGUGCCCCCAAGCUGCGCUGUGGGAGCAGCAGCCGGGGACGCGGCAGGGACCAUCCCUGAAGCGGUGCCCCCUGAUUCUGCUUCAGUGGAGACGGGGCUGUCUGUGGUGACACUGCCAACCAAGGGGUUUUCUACUGAGAAAAACCCCCUUUCUGACGCUGGGCAAAGCGAACUCGAGGUGUUUGUGAGUGAGGUAACGGAGAAGGAACCUGCCCUUACCAAUGGGGCAGCCCUGGAGAGGAGCCUGGCCCCAGAUGGAGCAGGGACAGAGGUGGACCCAGAGGAGUCUGUGCUCCAGGCUGCGGAGGAGAGCCCCGAAAAUCUGCUCAAAACUGGGGUGGAGAUGGAGAAGAGACUGGAAAAAUCUGUGGCCAAGAUGGGCGCUGCGGUGGAAAACGCUGCGAGCGGUGGCAGCGAGGAGAGUUUAACCAAAGCGCUUCAAAAUAAAGCAGAGAAAACUGAUGAGACCUGCAAAGAAGUCGUGCUGAGCUCCUCUCUGUCUGUCAAGGAGUCUUCCUGUGUGGGGAAAGUGAUUUUGAAGGCCGUGGUGUCCCUUCCGGACAUAUCCAAAUCCAGGAUCCCAGUGUGGAGAAACGAGCCUUUCCUGUGUAAAGGAGAGGAGCAGAAAGCGCCCUGGAAGCCCGAGACCCAAAUCCAAGCGGCGGUGGAGAAGAAAAUGGCAUCGAAAGAGGGGGGACAUCCCCGAGCCGGUGGCAGCAGCAUCCCGGGAGACGGCAAAUGUAGAAACGGGAGCGGGAAGGGCAUCGGGAGCGGGAGGAGCGCGGUGCAGCCGGAGAAGGACUCGCGCAUGGAGACCAGGGCCAGCGCGAAGCAGUGGCAGGAGGGGGACAGCAGAGCCUGCGGAGCCAGGGCGGACACCAAGGUAACGCUGCAGGCUCCUGUUGGUGCCAAUGCUAAAGCACCGAAGGGCAGCCCUGGCGGCAGCGCGAAACAGAAGGAGGAGGAAGAGCUGUUCCCGUUCAGCCUGGAUGAGUUUGUCACCGUGGAUGAGGUCGUGGAGGAGAUGGAGUCUCCCGUUAAAAUCCGCCGAAAUCCUCCCCGGGGCAAGAGAAAAGGAGCAGCCAAAGCCAACGCCUGCGCCGAGCUCACCUCCAAGAGGAGGAAAGGGAAGAGUUCGCUUCCCCGCGUCGCCGAGAGCCACCUUGGCUUUGUCACCUUGGAUGAGAUCGGGGAGGAGGAGGACGCAGCCGCGCAGCUGAUGGGGGCAGCCAAUUUGGAGGCGCUGGGCGACCCCCAGAGCCUGGUGGUGGUGGACGAGGUGAUGGAAGAGGAGGAGGCGGUGCCCGAAGCGAAGGACCCACAGAUGCUGGUGACUCUGGAUGAGCUCUGUGAGCAGGAGGAGCUCGGUGCUCCUAAGGACGUCCCCAGGGCGGGUUUUGAGGAGCAGGAUUUGAAAGCCGAGCCCUUGGUGACCGUGGAUGAAAUCGGUGACGUGGAGGAGCUGCCCCUGACCGAGCCAACCCACCUGAGCGCGGAGGACGCCCCGAAGCCCAAGGACGAGGGCAAAGCGGUGGCCGAGGACGCAGGUGAUGGCGCCUCCUCGCAGGUACCCGACGACCCCAACGCCCUGGUGACGGUGGACGAGCUGCAGGAGGACAGCGAGGACAACCCCCUGGUGACCGUGGACGAGCUGAACGACGACGAGGACGAUUUCCUGGCCGACUUCAACCGCCUCAAGGAGGACCUGAACUUCGUCACCGUGGACGAGGUGGGAGAGGAGGACGAGGAGGAGGAAAGUGCUUGUCUGGGGGAAAUCCCAAACGGGGACAAGGACAGCGAGGACACUGGUGCUGCUGCAGGGCCACGGGAAGAGGAAGAGGCUGCAGGGCCAGAGGAGGACAUCGUUGCUGCUGCAGGCCCAGAAGAACAGGAAAUUUUGGGAAAUACGAGUCCGGAAGAAGAAAUUAUUGCGGAUACAAAGGCGAAAG